AUCGCAUUACACCUAUAGCCACUUUCAUUUUUCGUGAACACUCCCUUUAAACUCCUGUUCUUUUCAAGUAUUCGGGCCGAAUUUUCAAAAGUUAUAGUAAGCUGUACAGUUCAAUUUACAGACUAAGAUGAACCGGGACAUGUACGCCAAAUGAAUGAACCGCUUCUAGUAAAAUUGUAGAAUAUCCCAAUACAUAUGGGAAUUAAGAAACGAAUUCAAAAUCUUUUUUGUUAGGAAUUAGCGCUUACUUCGAUGGUCCUAAUAGUAUGUUAUAUUUAUUUUUUAUGUAAACGGAUUUUUUUUGUUAUACAUGCUAUGAUGUUCUGUAACAUUUCUGCAAGAUAAACGGUUAAUUACAAUGAACAACUGUACUGUGUUUUGUAACAUUUCUGAAAGAUAAAUGAUUAAUGAUAAUUAAUUGUGUUCUGCAAGAUAAACGGUUAAUUACAAGGAACAACUGUUCUGUGUUCUGCAAGAUAAACGGUUAAUUACAAGGAGCAACUGUACUCUGUUCUGCAAAAUAAACGGUUAAUUACAAGGAGCUACUGUACUCUUUUCUGCAAGAUAAACGGUUAAUUACUAGGAACACCUGUACUGUGUUCUGCAAGAUAAAGUUUAUUACGAGGAACAACUGUACUGUGUUCUGUAAGAUAAACGUUAAUUACGCUGAACAACUGUAUUGUGUUUUGCAAGAUAAAUGGUUAAUUACGAGGAACAACUGUUCUGUGUUCUGCAGGAUAAACGGUUAAUUACGAGGAACAACUGUUGUGUUCUGCAAGAUAAACGGUUAAUUACGAGGAACAUCUGUUGUGUUCUGCAAGAUAAACGGUUAAUUACGAGGAACAACUGUACUGUGUUCUGUGUUCUUGAUCAGAAACAGCUUAAGUCCAUUAAAUGACGUUUACGGUCUCUUUAAGAAGGAAUCACAUGUUUAUAUUUCAAACAGAAAAUUAAUCUCAUCUGAUUAUUUUCUGUAGAAGAAGAUGUAUUUAUUAAUGAUGAAGCCCUGGCAUAUUCUUGAGUUUCUAAGUGCCAAGACUAAUAUCAUUCUUCCUUCUGAAUCCGUCCUAGCAGUUUUUCAAGAAGAUCAAUCAGAAGUUCAAGAAUUUUUCAGAAACCCUGUUAUUUCUGCGAAAACACAGUUCACAGUUGGAAACUAUGAGAAAGGUAUUAUUGAACUCUAUACAAACCUAUAUUAUACGAAGGGAAGAAAAACAAAAACAAUAAAACUAGGAAGUUUUAUAAAUGGAAAAAUGUACUAUAAUCAUGCAUUGAUAAAAGAAAUCGGAUUACAAGGACGAAUAUUUCCGGAAAAAAUGAAGGAUUUUGACGGAUUCAGAUUCAAGGUUGCAGCUUUUCAUUAUCCUCCUAAGGUGAUUCAAGAAAGGUCUGGUAAGUGGGGUGGAGUUGAAACUGAAAUCAUCCGACAAGUUGGAAACUCAUUAAAUUUCAGUAUUGAAGUCGAAGAGCCUGAGGACCGAAUGAAAUGGGGAUCUGAAUAUAUAAAAAAUGGGACAUCUUAUUUUACUGGUGUUAUGGGAAAAAUGGUUUACAAACAAAAUGAUUUUGGUUUUGGAAAUCAUUUUAUAACUCCUGAAAGAUUGGAAGUAAUGGAUAUGACUAUACCAUAUCAUAUAGAUAGAGCUUGUUUUGCGGUACCUGCAGCAAAGGAGAUACCAAAUUAUUUUACAUUUAUUCUACCCUAUCAUUGGUUGGUUUGGCUUCUCAUCCUAUCAACUUUCCUUUUCUUCAUCCUUCCUUCCCUCGUCAUCUUUCUAAGGUUUGAUGAUGAAUCUCCUAAAGGAAUAUAUGAAGACAUAUACCAAGGGUUCUGGUUAAUGUUCUUCUAUUUUACUACGAAUAUUAACCAACUACCUGACCCUGUAAAACCUAGAAGAGGCGCUCUUAGGCUCUUCCUUAGUGUCUCCUGGGGAUUUGUUCUCAUAAUCACCUUGGCUUACAGUAUGUUGGUAACAAGUGGAUUAAGCUGGGGAGUGAGGGAUUCAGGGGGCUGGCCGGACUGGUUUAAGGAUUCUUCAGAUGAUUUGUCCAAACAAGUUUUUAAUGGAUUUAAAAAUGUAAAAACAUUUGAAGAAGGAGUUUCAAAGGUUGCUGAAGGAAGGUAUGCUUUUUUAAACAGCGAAGCUGCGCUAGAAUAUCUCAUAUCUGCAAACUAUACAAACCAGUUUAGGGAGAAGACAAUUCAUAUUUCACGACAGUGUUUUGUCCCGUUUCGAAUUGGAAUCUGCAUGCCUUUAGGGAAAUAUCAUUUAGAUAUUUUGUAAAUUGGUUUCUUAUAC